AUGGCGCUCGACGACUUUAUCUACAAUGCGGAGCACGGUGUGGUCGUGUGCCGGCGCUGUGCAACGUGCCUCGUUCCUCGCGAGCAAAGUUGGAUGAAGCAUCUGCGCGCGAAGCCACACGAGCUCAAAGGAAGCUAUCUUCAGCUCACUGUCGAGCAUCUCGCCACCUACUCGCUGCGCUCUUCCGAUCAGUUGCGAGCGCAGGCCAAGGACACCAGCCGCCAACCGCACCCAUGCCAACCUAUUGCCGGCCUCGCCCUAUACGACGGCUUCAUCUGCCACUGUGCUCCCGGCGAAUGCACUUACAAGACUCGUCGCAUCAAAUUGAUGCGCGAUCACCUCGCAGUUCAUGGCAAGAAGGGCAAGCAGCACUCUGACACCACUCCGCUCUGGCGGGCCUGCCAGCUUCAGACUUAUUUUACCGCCAAGGGCAUGAUUGAUUACUUCGAAGUCGAUGCAAGUGCUCUACCAACCGCACCACUGGACCCGCCCUCCUUGACUUGCACUUGCACAUCCGCAUCCACCUCCACCCCAACGACGACUCGCACCUCCUCACCAACGAUGACUUGCACAUCCGCAUCCACCUUGACGCUGAGCAGCUGGACGCCAGGGCGGUUACAAUGA